AUGGCAUCUCAUCGAAAAGCCCUGCGCGACUGGCUCUACCUCUUCAUCAUCGGCACCCAACUCUUCGGCAUGCUAGCCCUCGAUCUCGUCGCAUUCUACCCCAAAUCCCUCUACCAACCCCCCUCCUCCCCCCUCCACUUCCUCCUCUCCCUGCGCGCCUGGUACGUCGCGUCCACCGGCGAUCCCUUCUUCGCCCAGCAAUCCCACCAGCCCUGGUUCGACGUCUUUCUCUACAUCGAGGGGCUCGUGCAGCUGCCCCUCGCGGCGUACCUCGUCUAUCAAUUGGCUUCGAGCAAGCCGACUUCGGGACCUGCUGAGCUUGCCGGGCUGGCGUUUGGGUCGGUCACCUUUAUGGGCGCUGCGGCGUGCUGCUUCGAGUUGUUGCACAUGGGCGAGGAUGUGGUGAGCGAGGAGAAGAAAGGGUCGUUGCUGUAUGGCACGUAUUUUCCGUUUGUUGUCAUCCCUGCUGUAUUGGCUGUGGACAUGUAUUUGCGUCUGCUGCCUCGUGUCCGCGAGACUCAUGUCAAGGCAAAGACGCAGUGA